AUGGAACCGCCACCUUGCUCGAAGAAGAGCUUGUCUCUUUCGUUGCCGGUUCCCCGGGAGGGACAGGCGACCCUUAAGCCUCCGCAGCAUCUUUGGAGACAGCCACGGACCCCCAUCAAAAUCAAACACCGCGGUUACUCUGACACCGACCGGCAUCACCACCGACAGAUAGAGCGCUCAAAUGCCAUGGACACGAGUGACCGGCCGGGGCUCAAGAAGUCCCGCAUGUCCUGGCCAUCGUCGUUCCACGGCACAACCAGCGGCAGCGGGGGGGUGGGGGGUGGGGGGUGUAAGCACUAUGAUGGGGAGAAUGGGCCCUCUCCUGGCCGAAGCCCUAUGGAUUCGCAGGCGAGUCCUGGGCUGGUGCUUCAUCCCUCUUUCCCUCAGAGUCAAAGGAGGGAAUCCUUCCUUUACCGAUCCGACUCUGACUAUGACGUGUCCCCCAAGACCAUGUCACGAAACUCCUCCAUCAACAGCGAGGGUCAUGCUGAAGAUCUCAUAGUCACCCCUUUUGCUCAGGUGUUGGCUAGUCUACGAACUGUCAGAAGCAACUUCACCAUUCUCGCAAAUGUCACGACUCCCACCAACAAAAGGUCGCCAGUGACAAGCCACCCCACCGUUCCCCCAGCAACGCUCUCAGAGGAAACAUACCAGCAGAUGGCUCGUGAGACUCUGGAGGAACUUGACUGGUGUUUGGACCAGCUGGAGACCAUUCAGACCCACCGCUCUGUUAGCGAGAUGGCCUCCAACAAGUUCAAGAGGAUGUUAAACAGGGAACUGUCUCAUCUGUCUGAGAUGAGUCGCUCGGGGAAUCAGGUGUCUGAAUACAUCUCUACUACCUUCCUUGAUAAGCAGAAUGAGGUGGAUAUUCCAUCUCCUACUCUCCGGGAGCAAGAGAAACCGAUGUCUCACAUCAGCGGUGUCAAGAAGCUUACACAUAGCUCAAGCCUCACUAGUGCAGCCCUACCCCGCUUUGGGGUCAAAACCGAACAGGAGGAUUCACUGGCAAGGGAGUUAAAUGACUUAGACAAGUGGGGCCUUAAUAUCUUCCAUGUGGCUAACUACUCCAAUAACAGACCUCUAAGUUGCAUCAUGUUUGCCAUCUUUCAGGAAAGGGAUCUGUUGAAAACAUUUCGGAUUCCAGUGGACACGUUUAUUACCUAUGUGAUGACACUGGAAGACCACUACCAUGCCAAUGUGGCCUAUCACAACAGCCUGCAUGCCGCUGAUGUUACACAGUCAACACAUGUGCUGCUGUCCACACCAGCACUGGACGCGGUUUUCACUGAUCUUGAAAUCCUGGCUGCAUUGUUCGCUGCUGCCAUUCAUGACGUUGACCACCCUGGAGUUUCCAACCAGUUCCUCAUCAACACCAACUCUGAACUGGCAUUAAUGUACAAUGAUGAGUCUGUGUUGGAGAACCAUCACCUAGCUGUAGGCUUCAAGCUUCUGCAUGAGGAGAACUGUGACAUCUUUCAGAACCUUACCAAACGACAACGGCAGAGUCUGCGCAAACUGGUCAUCGACAUGGUUCUAGCAACAGACAUGUCAAAACAUAUGAGCUUGCUGGCAGAUCUAAAGACAAUGGUGGAAACCAAGAAAGUGACCAGUUCAGGAGUGUUGAUGUUGGACCAUUACAAUGACCGAAUACAGGUCCUACGGAACAUGGUGCAUUGUGCUGACCUUAGUAACCCAACCAAGCCCCUGGCAGUGUACAGGCAGUGGACUGAGCGCAUUAUGGAGGAGUUCUUCCGGCAGGGUGAUAAAGAACGAGAGCGUGGGAUGGAAAUCAGUCCCAUGUGUGACAAACACACGGCAUCCGUGGAAAAGAGUCAGGUGGGCUUUAUCGAUUAUAUAGUGCAUCCCCUGUGGGAAACCUGGGGGGACCUGGUCCACCCUGAUGCUCAGGAAAUUUUGGACACCCUAGAGGACAACCGGGACUGGUACCAAAGCACCAUUCCACAGAGCCCUUCGCCACCGCCUGACGGCCCAGAUAAUGAGCUUGAAUCCUGCACAAACAAAUUCCAGUUUGAGCUCACCCUGGAGGGAGAGACGGGACAGGACGACGGCUCUCCCAGUCACAACCAUAUUGGCAGCAACGGUCAAGAGGAGCUGGAGGAAAAGAAAGAGGAGGAAAUUGAGGAGGAAGAAAAAAUGGAGGAUGAGGAGGAAGUUACAGAGGUAGUGGUAGAAAGGUCAGGACAGAGACGACUGCAGGUUCAGUCAGUGGUCAAGGAGGAGGAUGAGAGACAGUCGGAUGAGAGUCCUGUGGAGGAGGCGGAUGAGGAGAAGUCGUCCUCUCCUACUGAUGACACGUAAUCCUCAAGACUCAAUAAACAGCUGUCAGGCCCAGAGGGCUAAGUAGGGGACAUACUUCAAAAACUCAGUCCCUACUCUCUACCAUUCACAGAGUACUCUUCUGUUUCUGAUAGCUAACCAAUUCAAUAAGACAUUUUAUUUUAUUUUUCAAAAAGGGAACAAAAUAAUAUUGAUAUCAGAGAAGUAUUUAACACAGCAACUGUAGAUUUUGAGUGUGUGCUGGAGUUAUCCCAGCGGAGAGGAGGAGCUUUUAUGGAGAUAUUGAAUUAUGCUGGGGUUUGUAACGGGCCAUUAAGUCAGAGUAGCACUCUGGAUUUUCCACACAUACACACACACACACACACACACACACACACACACACACACAAUGUGUAUAAACAAAUUCACAGUCACACAUGAGUUUUAACCUAAAAUACUGAAUCCACACACUACAUGCAAACACACGGCUGUGUGUCUGUGUAUGUGUUCAGGGGGCUUGGAUCUGAAAGGAAUUUUUUGGGAAAAAGCCAUCUAACAAAUUGAGUAUCAGUGUCAAUAAUCUGUUUUUAAAGCAUUCAAACAGGGACUAAAAUCCUCAAUAAUCGUGAUUAGUGAAAUCUGAGAGACUUUUUUCAAUUUCUGUCAUAAAGAGAACACAGUUACACUUGGGGAGAGAAAUAUAAGAUUGGCCUGUUGUCCAGAAGACUACGGGGGGAUAUGGAUGUCGGAGCAAAGGAGGAAGCACUGAUGGCAUGAUUUGUUUGUGGGUCCCAACCCCACUUUCACUAUACCCAGGAGUGCUACCAGGGCGAGAUGGCCAUGUGCCUUUCUGUACCACCAGCUUCAACUCUGGAGCUAUUGUGAAGCAAUGCAUCGUGGGACAGGAGUGUCUGCUUUUGUCUUCAUUUUUGAUUGUCUCUUUUUAAGCAAUCUUAUCAUUUUCUGUUAUGCUUUGUGUGGAUAUGGAGUGUCUUUCACAAUGUCUUUGUGAUAAUUCCUUCUCUCAUCUUGGCUGAGCAAUUAAGGCCUAGAUUUGGAGUCAUUGCUCACGGACUGCUCUCACUUUCUGUGUGAAUAAUUAAUGAUAGUCACUUUUUGAGGAUAAGCCAUGGGAUGCUUUGUUUCAUAUGUUUUGUCUUCUUUUGUUUUUCUUUUGUUAUAUCCAUUUUUGCCAGAGUCUACUAAAUAGCAGCUCACAUUCACACAGACUCUCCCACCUUCACCCACUCACACUGGUAAUACAUUCUCUGUCAUCGCCACAGAAACACUGCAUUAUGUUUUGCCAAAGGAAUGAGUGCUUAACUGGUAAGUUGGUGAAGCUUCGAUCGUGGGAGCUAUAGGUGCAGGAUAAGACAAAGCAUAUCUAAAGGGCUGUUCAGACUGAAUGUGCUCUAGCACUAAAAAAGCAUGACGCAACGCAAACAGGUGUCUUAAGAUGCACUUUUAAAAUUUAAAGCUGAAGUAUGUAACUUUUUCAGUGUUAAAAUACUUUCCUCUAUCCCAGCCAUUAUAAGUAAGCCAUUCAUACUGUAGGUUAAUUUUCUCAAAAACGGUAAACACUGUGUCUCUGUGGCGCUAUAAAAUUCCUGUGUUUGUUUUGCGAGACCUGCUUAGACCUGCCCCAACAACAUUACUCAACCAAUGGCGUCUGUUUGAACAACAGCAUAUGGAGGACGUAUUCAGAAAGCUUGUUUUGUAAACAUUAGUGGCGCAGAAAUUACAUACUUCAGCUUUAAGUUAUUUUUAUGCUUUAAAUUAAGCUCAAUCGACAGCAUUUUGGCAUAAUGCUGAUUACCACAAAAACUGUACUUCAACUUCCAACACUAUGAAAAUGAAUGGGAGUUUAAAAGCAGAAAUGUGAAGUUUACAAAUGCAUUUAAUUCAAUUAUUUUGUCAAAGCUCUUGUAUUAUUUGAGAUAUAAUAUUGUUUAUAUCAAAACUUUUACAUCUUAGUGUUUAUGGCGUUAUGUCAUCAUGGCAACAAAGCUGUAAUAUUGGCUAUAACAUUACAGAGAAAAGGUUAGUAAGCAAUUUUAUCACAAAAAUCAUGUUGACAAGUAUAUAUUUACAUCUUGUUGCUAUACUUUUGAAACAGUAUUUUAAUGUUUACAGGUUGGCCCCAUUAACUUCCAUUGUUAGUGCCUCACUUUAAGGAAUAUUCUGGGUUCAGUACAAGUUAAGCUCAAUCGGCAGCAUUUGUGGCAUAAUGUUGAUUACCACAAAAAAUUAUUUCUACCCUAAUUUAUUAAAAAAAAGCACAAAUUGAGGUUACGGUGAGACACUUACAAUGGAAGUGAAUGGGGCAAUUUUUUGAGGGUUUAAAUGCAGAAAUGUGAAGCUUUUAAUCUUAUAAAAGCACUUUAUACUACAUUCAUUCUUUUGUUAAAACUGAGCUAUAAAGUUGUUUAAAUCAUCAUUUUCACAUUCGUUUCAGGGUUUGUUGACAUUACAUUGACAAGUUGGAUAUAAUGUAACUUAAUACCUUAAAGGUUAGUAAGAGAUUGUAUCACAUUAAAAUCACACAUAUAUAUACACAUAUAAUUUACGUCUUGUGGCUACACUUUUAACAGUGAGUAUUUUAAAGUUUUGUACCUCACUUUUUUUUUUAAGAAAAGGAGCGACGAGUCCAAAUAGUUUUUUGUUGUAAUCAACAUUAUUCCACAAAUGCUGUUGAUUGAGCUUAACUUGUAUUGAACCCAGAAUAUUCCUUUAAUCUUGACAUGUCAUCAAAACAGCACAGAUCGCUCCUGCACGAGAUGAGGAAAAAAAGCAAAAUGAGGCACAAAGAUAUAAAACGUCCAGAUUGUGCAUUUUUACAUUAAAAAAAAAACAAUUGUAAAACAACACAGACUGAUGCAAACAUUGUUCAGUGUGGACGGCCCCUAAGAGAGGAAGUGAUUGAUGUUGAGAGAAUGCAAGGACUUAUCUGUCCUAGGAACAGAGGUGCAAGGAGUAACAUGCAACCAUAUUGAGUUUGAUGCUUUUUUGCCUUAAUGUCAACUGCAGGGUUUACCUGUCACAUUGUGGUAUAAUAAGAUGUUGGCAUUAUAUUCCAGAGUAUUUGUUUCAUGUCUAUAUGCCUUGAUAAUGUCUGUGAAUACACCGUAUAGUACCAUCUGCACUGACAUAACUGGAGGUGUUGUGAAGUAUUUUCUGCAUGGCAAGAUUUACUACAUCAGUCUAAAGAGCGAGAAAACAGGUCAUACCGUUAAAUGUAACUGUUGCUCUAAUGUAUUUAUCAUCUUUGUCUAAUCUUAUCUAUUUGUUAAUGAGAGAGGGAGCGAGUAUGAAAAUCAGAGAAUGAGUUCUCAGGUUGAUGUUAGAAUUGCAAUAUUGCCUCUCAUCUCUCAGAUUUCAGUUUGAUUUUAGUUCAGUUGAAUGAACAAUUGUUGCUAUAUUGUGCAGCAGCAUUUGUAAGAAUCCCUCUUGAAGCAUAAUGACAUGCUAGUUUCUGCUGGUCAGUAGCUUAGCUUUACACAAGUCUGUGCCUGCAGAGCAGAAACAUGGGGUCAUACCGGUAUAUAUGUGAUGGCCGUACUUGUCUCUGACAGGAUUAGAGGAUGUUAUGGUAUGACGUCUAAGUUUUAAUUAGUGGACAACAGAAGGAAGGCCCAAGCUUGCACGAUCGAUGUGUGUGAAUUGACGUCAUUCCCAUCUACAUUUCCCUGUCUUACCUUCACAAUGCUUUGUUUUGUGGCUUUUCAUUAAUGUUGUGAGCGCUAAGCUAACAAAUAAUAUUUGCCAUUUUAACACGACACUGUAGCAAUUGUUUCUUAUUAAGAAAUUAUUCAAGUUAAUUCCUUGCUGCCAUUCUUUUUGGAUAUCAAAAGGAAAAACUAUUGUUUUCUUUGAACAGUUUGUGUACAGUUUUUAUUUUUGUAUCAUUCUGGUUUGAUGGUUUGAAAAUAUUAAAAAUACUAUCUAAUAUAAAUAGUUGGCUAAUCACUGCUUGUUUUGUAUAUACUGUAAUGUUGAAUUUUACAUUUAAAAUCUCUCAGAAUCAGUCAUCAAUCAAUGAAUCACUUUUAGUUGUAAUGAACUAUAGUUGAAUUGUGGAAUUUCACUUUCCCCUUCAUUUCUCCUUGUCACUGUUUUGGGGAUUUCAGUAAACCUCCCGCCACAUUUAAAUGUGUAUAUUUGAAUUGUAUUGGAAAAUAGACUACUCACUGGUUAUUUCUAAAACUUGUAUUUACCAGCACUUUAUUUUUCCGUAGGUUGUGAGAUGGAUGAUAUCAGGGGGAAUGGUACAUACUGAUUCAUGUAUAGCGUGGUACAGGGUGAAUGGCUCGGCCCAAACUUCUUCAUUUUGGUCCAAAAAUGCCAUUUUCUGCUUAAGCACUGAGCAACAUCAGCUCCUCUGUGUCAAUAAUCCACAUGCUAAUGGCUUUUGUUAGGUUUUGAAAUACUUCUGUGAGGUUAAUAACCAAGUGACAGUCAGAAGGAUAACAUGGCUUAAUCAGAGAACAGUUUUUCUUUGUACUGUGAAGUCAUGCCUCAUGAGACUCUCCAAUGAAAUUAUUCUCUGGGCUUUAAAUAAUAUGUUACUUGUUCACAAGUUAUGGUAAUAAUAUAAAUAAAAAAGAAAACAGGAAAAUGAUUGUAAUAUUUGUACAUUAUAUUGCUGUAAUGUGUAUAAUGUGCCCAUGUUAUUUUAUAUGAUAUUAUUUUUAUGAAAUGUUUUCCUCUGAGAGAACUGAGUUGUCAUUUUGUGAAUAAAUGCAUUUA